UGAGAGACUUGGCAAAUACAGUAGCUAAGAUGCCGCGCCCGAAGAAUACAAUUUUGCUUGCAUUACUGGCAAGAAAUGAAUUUAAUCAAGUUAUUUGUAAUAACGGAAAAUGUAGCGGAAAAGCAUUAAGUCCACAUACGGGCAAUAUAGAGAGGCACUUGAAAUUGCUGCAUCCGGAGUUGUACACUUCUUACAUAGAAAAAAAGAUUGCGGCGCAAAAGAAAAACAUUACCACCACCCCCACCACAUCAAAUAUCGUGAAAGCAAACAUACAAAAAUGUGAACCCAAAAAACCCAAUAUUGAGCUUGCAACUAUAGAUUUUUUUACGAAAAGUGAACAACAGCUGAGUCUACUGGAAGAUCGGGCAUUCAAAAUACUAGUGCAACCAGCAUUCCAGACGUUGGGCAUUGGCGUCAAUAGAAAUAGUGUGUUGGAGCUAAUAAAUGGAUGCUCGCAAAAGUUGAAAGCAGAAAUAAUCGAUGACUUGAGUGGUAACUUGUUUUCAUUGAAAAUCGAUAUAGCCACAAAGCAAGACAUAACACUAAUGGGCAUCAAUUUGCAGUGUAUUAAAAACAGAAGCCUGCACACUAAAUCGUUGGCCAUAAAAGACCUUCAACCCAAUUAUACAGGUGAUAAUAUAAAAACCGUAAUAUCAGAAGUUCUAAACGAAUAUGCGGUUGACUUGAACCAAAUUUUAGCGGUUUCUACGGGUAAUGAUAAACAAGUUGCGGUUGCAGUAAACGAGUUAAAUGAAGAACUGAAAAGUUCUUUAGGCAUAGAAACUACUUUUAGAAAUAAGUCAAUAAAAAGCGAAAAUGACUACAACAAUAGCUUAGAGGGCUGGCUAGAGUGCAGUGAAACAGAGUUUAUAGCAUACAAAAUAAACAGCAUCCUAAGCGGUACCCAUAUCCUACAACUUUGUAUGGAAGAAAUUUUUCAAAACUCCGAAGUUAAAUUAAAAUUAAAAAAAUACACGGCUAUUUUAAAAGAGCUCAGAAGCCAAACUUCCUUAUUCACUUACGCGUAUGAAAAACGUCUGACAGUCGAUUGUGUGCCAAACUGGGUAUCUACUUAUGAAAUGCUCGAAAGGUUGUACGAACUCAAAGAUAUGAUAAUCCCAUUGAGUGCAACAAACAAUAAUUUACACCUAAACGAUGACGAAUGGAAUUGUGUUAAGGAAUGCGUAGAAGUGUAUAAGCCCGUUUACAAGGCAACCGAAAGAUUGCAAACGGAGCAGCUAUGUUACAGCGACUUAUAUAUCAUUAUAAUGGACAUAUUGUUUGAGCUAGAAAAAUUGCCCGCCAAUAGAAUUGUGAAGUCGCUUAUUGAUGCUUUAAAUAAUCAAAAACUCAAAUUACUUGACAUUGAACUUUUCAAUGCGGCUAUAUUUUUAGAUCCUCGUAUUCGGGUUUGUCUGGAUGCCGAACAAAAAUCUAGAGCAAAACAAUAUAUAAUCGCACUGCAUAAUCGUCUUAGUUCGCUGAAAGGCAGCGAAUCGUUUGGCACCGAAGUCAAUGAAAGUUUACUUGUAGAAAAAACUACCGGCGAACAACCAACGACCAGCAGCGAUGCAACUACACCGAAAUCAUUCUGCGAAUUUUUACAAAAUUUAGAUACUGAUACUACUGCACCGACAUUUUCUUAUUUAGAGACGGAUAUCUCAAUGUAUGAACGGCAGCCAAGGUUGCCCCUAAAUUCGAGCGUAAUCGACUUUUGGUAUUAUCAGCACAAUUCUUUAUCGGAUAUGGCAUACAUAAUAUUAGCAAUACAAUGCACAGAAGUUAGUAUGGAAUGUUUGUCUACGGCUUUGCAAUAUAUUCUAUCUGAAAAGCAUAACAGGUUAACUGCUUCGAAUGUAGAUCAUAUAUUGAGAGUUAAAGUGAAUGGUACGUUCAAUUAUGAAAACUAAAAAUGUUCCUCAACUGAUUCUGCGAGCCAUAAAUAUGUUUGGAUGCUUUUUUUUAGCUGCAUGAGAGCUAUCGAUACCGAUAACCAUGGUUUGACAACUCAGAAGGGCAAACUGUGCAGACAUUUCUUUCCAGUGAGGUUUGGCAAACCCUCAUGAAUCGCUUAACGCCAGCACAACGCUUCCAAAUGGUAGAAAUUUUCUUCAAAAAUAAGUAAUCUGUUCUAUAAAGUGUUGAAGAAGACGCCGAAAUGUCGAUUCGUCGUCGUUCUGGACUUGUUGGCCUUUGUCCUUCGACUACCUGGAAAGUUUUAUAAAAGGAACUUGGCUAACGUGCCUAUAAAAUACAACGCGUGCAAGAACUGAAGCCAAAUGGACAUCGUUUGUGUUGUAUUUUUGCUGAUUGUGCUCAUUUAGAUUUACUAAUCAGAUUUAUGGGAAAAAGUAAUCAAAAUCGAAUGGACCAUGUAACCCGGAUAUGUUCAAAAAGUAAACGCCAUGAAAUUAUUUACUAGAGUAUAAUUAAAAAAAUCAUUUCAACAAUAUUAUCUGUUUUGUAUUAUCAAUUUAAGCUACCAAGCUCUUAAAAAACACCCGAUACUUAGUACUUUCUUUUUUGUAAAGACCAAAUCCGUCUGUAUGCACAUUUAUAAUUUUACUAGCUGUUAAGAAAACGUUUAAAUCGAUUACUU